ACUGAACAAUACGAGCAGGUCGAUCAACAACUAGGCGUUUUAAUUGAACAUCGCGAUACUCUAUUGCAAACAGGUACUUAUACACAUAGUGAUGCCUUAAUUCAAGAACUCGAACGACGAAUACAAGAAGCAAUGAAACCAGUUAAUUGA